CAACCGUUGUCUAUGGAUAAUGGACUGAACAUUUAGAAACUUGAGGGUUAUUUUAUACAAAUUUACGCAUUUUAGCUUUAAACAUGUAUGAUUGAGUGAAUAAAUAGUAAAGUGUUCGUUAUCUACUAAACAAAUAUAUUUUUAGUUAAGUUUUCGUAGCAUAAUUUAGAUGAAAUUCGUUACCGCGGGAAAUCGGUGAAACGUUUGACUUUAAUAAUGGCCGCAAUAGCGCCAAUGCAUUUCAUGUUUGUUCAUAUAUUUGAGAAAUGAGGGGUUGGAUAAAGGGUGUUGCUUAACGUAAAUUAGUGAUUGAAAUGGACAUCAACGCAGAGGUCUCAACACAACUGUCACUGAUCGACGCACUCCUGAGCGAUUUUGACAAGACAAUUUCGCCAUGUACUAACAAAAAGAAUGAGAAAAAAGAAGAAGAAACCCAGGAUGCCAUGCCAGACUCUACCACCAACACGGAGAAAAGUAAUGCCAACCCUUUCCACUGCGGGGAUGACGUCCUUGUACCGAAUAAAGACGGAAGAUAUUAUUUAGGUACUAUUGUGGAGCUCAGCACAAGCAACGACAAUGAUUCGUGCGAAGUGGGAACGGGGGUGGCGCGGUGCCUGGUCAAGUUCGGGGACAACACGCGCGCCUGGGCGCCGGUCUCGUCGCUGAAGCUGCUGAGCGCGCCGCCGGCGGACGACGGGCGCAUCAUGUGCGUGGUGUGCAAGCGCCGCGAGGGCCCGGCCGCCAGCCCCGCCGCCAACGCCAUCAUCGCCUGCGACAUGUGCGGCCGCGGCUACCACGCCAAGUGCCACACGCCCCCGGUUGACGCUUGGAUUAAUGGCGCGUCUUGGCACUGCAAGAGAUGCGUGGACCAAAGAUACAGGGUAGCCGCCGCUGAAAACCGAGCACUAAAACGUUCCGACUUGCUUCGAUUUAAAGGAGGACAGCAGAGGAGGCAGCAACAAGAACUGACACCACCAUGUGAUACCGCCUCCACUACCUCGUCGACGGCUUCCGAAGCGGGCAAGGAUCAGAGCGAAGUGCAUUGCUACUGUGAGGAAAAGAGUGACUGGCUUGCGCAGAUGUUGUUUUGUUGUCGCUGUUCUCGUUGGUUUCACCAAAGAUGCGUGUCCAGUUUGCAGUACCCGUUAUACGCUGGUGAUAAACUCUACAUAUUUGCUUGUUCUAACUGCAACGGAGGCGUGGAGUACCUGCGGAGGUUGGAGCUCUGCUGGCUGGACUUGGCCCAUCUCGCCCUGUACAACCUCACUGCAUAUAAUGCUCCCAAUUAUUUCGAUCUGGAUACUGUUAUCAUGCCUUAUAUCAUGGACAAUUGGCAUGCCUUGCAGUUACCGGAGAAAAUGUGGCGAACACCAGUGAACGAGCGACGCGAGAAAAUUCUAACGGCGUUAACGUCAUCUCGUAAGAAAUUCAAGUGCGGUCGCGAGAUGAAGAAGCGAGCCACGAUCUGGGGCCUGCGGGACCGGCGCCCGCCGCCGCAGCCCUUCCAGCUGUUCGCGCUCGAGCAGGCCUGUUUGCAGGUUAAGAAAGGGGAGCCGCUGACUGACGAGAUAGUGAAGGAGUACGCGCCGCGCCUCCGCUUCCUCCCGCGGUCUCCGCCCUCGCCCUCGCCCACCGCGCCCCUCGCCGACGACAGCACGCAACCGUCUAGUAGUAACAGUGAGAAAAGUUCCUAUAAAAAUAAUCACCAGCAAAUGAUCGUGCCCGUCGACGGACAUUGGCUAAAUCUAAUGAUGGGCAAGCGGUUUCACGAGAAUCUUAACUCUAAUUCAAACUCUGAAAACGACUCAACAAGUUCCUAUGAAUCAAUCAAACAGAUUGAAAACGACGAACAGUCCCCAUCUCCAGUUAGUACAGCUAGAAAAUCCGAUGCCAAAGAUGAAGUGUCCGCAGAGAAGUUCCCGAACGUCGAAGCCGCGGAAAAUGACGACGAGAUAGUCAAGCCGGCUUGCGACGACCCUCCCGUGCCAUCGCUUAACACGUCGGUAGUUCCUUGCUCGGUUAAGUUAAAUAAAAUACCCAAAGAAAUAAUGAGUGAAGUCAAUGAAAGCAAAGCGGUUUCCAACGUAGCAAUAAAUUCUAACGCCAGAAUAGCAAUUAUGAACUUGGAAGUGUCCAAGUUAUCGACUAAGAACAUUAUCGAACAUUCCAAAAUCAUGUCACUGCAGCACAUGGACAAGAUGCCUCCCUACAGCAACUUCAACCACGACGUCGAGUCGUCGGGCGACGAGACGUCGAGCCGCGGCACGCUGGACGCCAUCAUCCCGCCUCUCAAGGACUUCCAGGGCAAGAACAACCCCUUCCUCAUGCAGAACACUUCCAAGACGCCCUUCGCCUCCUCCGUCAACGCCCACAACAAACAGAAUGGAAGACAGAACCACUUCCAUGCCCGGUUUUCACUGCCGGUUCAGUUGAAUCCGAUGGCGGGCCCUGUAGGGAGGCCUCUGAAAAGAAAGCUUAGCGAAAAAGAUAUAGUUAUAGGUCCGAAUGGGGAGGUGAAGCGUAGGAAAUACAGACGGCCGAGAAAAUAUCUGCAAAAUCAGAUGAAUAAGUCAUGCCCACUGCCCGACGAUCCCAAGACUGUUCAGAACGAGAUCGCCGAGCCGACGCCGCCGGCGCUCGCUAGCGUUAAGUUUCACGGCAGAAGACUGAGACAGCGGCAGGAGAAGAAUUAUUAUGAAAACGCGCGGCGCUGCACCAACACCAACGCCGUGCAUAAUAGCGUGAAAAGUCUGCAGCUGAGUCCGCACAAAGUGCAGGCCACGGGCGCGGCGCAGGUACAAGCGCAGGAGCUGUCCGCGCUCAAGUCCAGCGUGCAGUCGUACUUCCGCGCCGGCCAGCGCUUCCGCGUGCUGGCGCGCAGGCUGUCCGACGCCGCGUCGCCCGCCUACCUCGUCGAGUGGGACGCGUCCUAGGAGCCUCCUCCCGCGGCGCCGGCGCCACCCAACUACAGAGGCAAAUGGAUCAACCACAUUUCGGUGAUAGCCAAAAUAUGUAGAAAUUACUCCCAAUAUCGAGAACUAGCAUAAAUAUAUUCUAAAUUGCAUCACUUAUUAUAGCCGACUGAGAUGCCGUGUGAAUAUAUGAAUCGUAAGUAAGUAAGUAAGUAAGUAAGUAAAUAUUCUUUAUUGCACCACAAGGAUAACAGAUUACAAAUAGCAGACAUUAAACAUAGGUAGCAACAGGCGGUCUUAUCGCUGUAAGCGAUCUCUACCAGACAACCUUAUCGUGUUAGUUUGCUAAACAGAAUCACAAGUGUAAUAAGUUCUCCAUUUGCCAUUUCCGUGUCUAGAUGUAAACGGCGCUCGAGCGCACCCAAUCGACUCGCGGUUAUAGUUUGUAAUACUAUAUGUAAUGAAUUAUCAAAUCGGGUGCUGUUCACAUUAUGCGUCACAGCUAGUAAAAUGUAUUGUUACACUAUGCUAAAGAUGCUUACUAACUAUGUUUGUAGCUCAUAAGGAAAGGGAACCAAAGCAAACCGGUUAAAUCAUUUCAACAUUGCUUGUUAUUCUUAUAUUCAAAUCCCGCCACGUUUAUUAUCAACCUACCUAUACAUAAGUACUUACAGGACAUAAAUAAUUGACAUAUCGAUUCGCUACAGAAACUGUCGCGUUUACCACAUCACAUAGUACAUUUUCUUCAUGAAAUUUAUGAAACCAUUACAAUUCCGAGUUAUUUAAUCGGAAGGAAGAAUUAGUUCUAUUUAGCCGUGUUGUGGUUAUUUUUUAUAUAAUUAUGUUUUAGUAGGUAUGAAUUUUUUUGUUUGAAUGAACUGAUAUUUAAUUGUUGAUCCAUUACGUGACUAAUCAUGUCAACAGCUCCUUAUAGGUUCAUUUACAUAUUGUACUAUUAUUUAAGUGCUUGUUUGUAGCCUAAUUUAGUUGUACAGUAAGAUAAAGGAAUGUGAUAUAUUAUUAUUCCAAU